CUGGAGCUCAAUGUAGAGAGCUUGCUACAGAGGUUGAAUACAGAUAUUGGGUAUACUAUUGAUAGUUAUGGCUUCAUUUUUAAUGUUGCACUGGUCAAUGAUACACCAGUAAGAAUUUUUCACAAAACAUUUGUGAUGAAGAUCCACGCAUUUAGGAUCAUCCUGACAGUUGAAUCACUGCUCAAGUUGGUGUCGGUGUUGAAGAAAAUAUCUAUGUUUUCAAGAUUUGCAUCUCUAAAUGAUCACGUGGAUCAAAGACCAGAAGAAUUUUCUGAACAAGCUGAGAAAAUAGAAUGCAUAUUAUCUAGAAUUGAAGAGGAGGCAGUUGCUAGCCUUAAAGAGCUUGAGUCUCAUGAUUAUUAG